AUGGCGGAUUCGCAUCGGCAUGCGGAAGAGCCCAAUGGCCCUUUGGAUCCAGAGACUCUGUACACGAAGGAAUACUGCAUUGGCGGCGGUAGCUUUGGCAAGGUGUUCAAGGGGGUCGACAAGCGAAGCGGCCGCUCUGUUGCCAUCAAGAUCAUCGACGUCGAGAAUGCCGAGGACGAGGUCGAGGACAUUAUCCAGGAAAUCGCCAUCCUGUCCGAGCUGCAGUCUCCCUACGUGACGAAAUACUACGGAUCCUAUGCAAAGGGCGCCGAGCUAUGGAUUGUCAUGGAGUUUUGCGCCGGAGGGAGCUGCGCCGACCUUAUGAAGCCGGGCAUCAUGGGCGAGGACUACAUUGCAAUCAUCAUAAGGGAGUUGCUGAUGGGCCUGGAUUACCUGCACACGGAUAAGAAGCUGCAUCGAGAUAUCAAAGCUGCCAAUGUCCUGUUGGGAGCGAAUGGCCAGGUCAAGCUGGCUGAUUUUGGCGUGUCGGGCCAGCUCUCGGCCACCAUGACGAAGAAGAACACAUUCGUCGGGACUCCCUUCUGGAUGGCACCCGAGGUCAUUAAACAAUCUGGAUAUGAUCACAAGGCUGAUAUUUGGUCCCUCGGUAUCACCGCCCUCGAGCUGGCCAACGGGGAGCCCCCUUACGCCGACAUCCACCCGAUGAAGGUUCUCUUCCUCAUUCCGAAAAACCCGCCCCCACGGCUGGAGGGCAACUUUACCAAAGCCUUCAAGGACUUUGUCGAGCUGUGUCUGCAGCGCGAUCCCAAGGAACGACCUACUGCCAGAGACCUACUGCGCCACCCCUUUAUCCGAAAGGCAAAGAAGACGACAUAUCUCACCGAGCUCAUCGAGCGGCAUACCAGAUGGGCGGCAACGCAUAAGACGGAUGAGGAGGAGACGUGGGAAACGCAUGACAGCGUGCCGCCGCAGAGAACGCGAGUCAAUGAAGACAUGUGGGAUUUCGGCACCGUCAGGCUCGUCAAUGACCGCGGCAACCUGGUGAACCGACCUCCGAUGCUCAACCCGCUGGGCGCGAGUGCUACCAACACAAGGGCGGCGCGGACCUCGGACGACUACGGAGAGAGGAGGCGGGAGCCGUCCAGCCCGACCAAGCUGAGGGAGCACGCCCUGCAGCCGAGCGAUACUCUCAAGGCAACAAACUCGUCCAGCGCGGGGACAUCCCGACAAUCGAGCCCGCAGCGCAAGAAUGUGCCAACACCAGCACAGCAGCAGCGGACACCAACACAGCAGCAGCGCGGCUUCACACCGAGAGGGGGCCCUCCGCCUCCCAGCCCGGUGGUGAUCAAGACGACAAGCUGGGAGAUCCACGAGACAACGCCUAGAGCUUCCAAAAUCGUGACAGUACCGGCCUUGUCGCAACCGCAAGAGCCCCCCUCGCCUGAUUACGACCGGGAGCUGCAAGCUCAUCUGCAGCGCGACAUGGGAAUACUGAACCUGAAUAUAGAUCUCCCCGAUCCUGUCCCUACGCCCUCACCGCCCCCGCCGGCAGCCCCCGCGCAUAGGAAUAUUUCGAUACCCCCUGGUUUCGAGAAACCGCUGCCGCCAGCUCAUGGUGUGUCGCAGCUGGCUCGAGUGCCGGCCACGCCCACAUCGGCAGCGCCGCCUGUGACCGUCACGGCUCCUCCACCACCUGCUCCUCCGUCUGCUCCGCAUUCUGCGCCCGUGCCUGCGCCGACAGCGUCAUCGUCUUCGUUGCGGUCACUGGGCCACUCACCGGGGGCGUUGGAAACCUUUCCGUCGCCCCCGGCUGCGAACCCCAAUGGGGAGCUCGAUGCUCUCAACGACGUCAUCUUUCCCGCGCUGGAAGAGGCGCUCAAGCGACGGCAGAUUCGAUUACAGCAUGUGUACAAGCCAGUGCCGAGCGGCUCGACCAUGUCCCCAAAGCAGCAGCGAGCCGAGGCUGCGCACGAGAAAGUCCGCAAACUUGUCUAUAAGCUGGCGCAUGUUUGCAAGGAGAUUGACUACCAUGACAAAGCAGAGCCCGUUGGCAUGGGAAGGGAAGUGGGCAACUUUCUGGAGGGCCUUCUCGAGGAGAUUUUGGUUCGUGUCGAGCCGUUGGACGAGGACGAGGCUUAA